CGAGGGCAUAGCCACGUUCAAGUUUACACCGUGUUCUCUGGAGAGCAAAUUUGUCUGCUGACAGAUGUUCCUCUGUGCCUCGAUGAGCAUGACUUAAAAUCUAAACGUCUUUUUUUUACCUUUUGACUGAUUACAAACCAGUGAGAACGGGAUAUUAUUGGAUGGAGUUGGUCGAAAAUGCGAUCGUUUGUUCUUCUCGCCUGUUUGUGUGGAUGCGUCUUGAGCUCAGGCAUCCCAGUGUGUGAGCGUUGUGUGUGUGUCUCAGUCUGGCCAAUGCAGAUGCAAUGCUACCAUUGUGAGGAGAGUCUGCUGGACAACGACUGCUCCUCACCAAGGUUCAUCGUCAACUGCACGGCCAACAUCCAAAAUGCCUGUCAGAAGGAGGUGAUCCACAGCCAGGAUGGAGUGGUCACCUACCGUAAGCAGUGUGCGUCCUACAGCACGUGCCUGAUCACCUCGGCAGGGUACCAGUCCUUCUGCAGCCCGGGGCGCAGGGGCUCUAUCUGCAUCAGCUGCUGCAACACGCCGCUGUGUAAUGGCCCCCGGCCCCCCCGCUUCAACCCCGCGCCGCGCCACGGGCCGCCCGCUCCCAGCGUCCUGCUGCCGCUGGCCGCCGCCAUGGCCGCACUGCCCAGCCUCUUCCUGCUGUGAGGCCGCUUGGGGCCCACUGCACAGCCACGGCUACACUGGCUUUCUCUGUUCUUGUCGAGAAAAGGCAGAUGACAGAAAACCACACACAUGCUCUCUAUCUCGCUCUCUCUCUCUCUCUCUCUCUCUCUCACACACACACACACACACACACACACAACAAAAAAUCCUGUUCCUGUUCUGAAAUGUCUUUUGAAACUCCUGUGGUGUCUUAUCAGAUCAAGCUUUUUGGAAGCCAGUCCUGUGGGGAAAUAACAGAGAUUUGACAGAAUGUUUUCCUGGAAUCCAAUAUCCGUUUUGCCGGAAACAUUUUAACACCGUUGGAGUUUGGGAGGGAAAAUGGAAAAUGCAACCCACUGGAAGCCAUUUUCACACCGUAGCUUACUUUGUUACUACACGACUGCAGAGAUGCUUUUCACGUUUCCAGCACUUGUUUGAAUGGCAAGGGACAACAGAACAGUACAUUCUACAUGUUUCUCACUCAUUCAUUCACACUAAAUGUGCCGGAAGCCUCUACUUCAGGAUCUAUGUUCCCUCGUUAAGAACCCAUGACAUGCUAAUGUUCUAGCCUCUUUUGACAUGGAGAAUGUUGACAUUAAAAGUCAGUUGUGAGCUUUGUUUUGUGUAUAUUGGACUCUGGGUCUAUUCUUGAAUAUGUGUAGUCAUCUGCUUACCAACAAGGUACAUUUUGUUUGAAGGAAAUAUGAUGUUUGGUGUGAAAU